AUGCAUCGCCAACAAAAGCCUCACAAAAAUAAUCCCAAUCCCAAUCCCAAUCCCAAUCCUCCUAAUACCUCACCGCCAUCCUCCUCCAGGCGCCCUCCUUCUCACCGCCACACGACGUCGCCAGGCACGACUUCCCAUCCUCCUCAUCCUCCGGCGAAAAGGGGGUCUCUUUAUCACCGCAAAAGCGCCUCGGCCCACCAGCUUUCUCACCACAAUCACAAUUACAAUUACCACCACAAAUCACACCAAUCGCUCAGCAGGCUGCUCGGUCCUGGCUCUGGCCCUGCCAGCUUACCCCUCGACAAGGCGGACGACGAAAUGGCGGCGAGUUUCUUGCAGUAUUGCGCCAUGUGCGAAAAGCAGAUAACCGUGCCCAGCAACUCGGUUCUGUAUUGCAGUGAGAGCUGCCGCCGAAAGGACUCCUGCAAGCCUCUCUCCGCGUCUUCAUACACAUACACCAUGGCCGCCGCCUCUCCCUCUGCCUCUUACUCCUACUCUCCCUCUCACAUCGACCAACCUCCAUCCCCAGCCAUGUCCUCCGGCUCUUUGACCAGGAUACCUCCCGACCUGCACUUCUUCAAGUCGGAUAUUGACCCCACCGAAUGGAAGCCCGUGAUACACGGCUGCGACUACGGACACGGGCACGCUCGCAACAGCUCCUCCUCCUCAACCUCUCUCGCAGCGUCCCCCUCGUCGUCCAGCGAUGCAUGGACCUACCUCUCCCAAUUCCAUUCAUCCGCCUCGUCGUCGCUCCCGCCUCUGAUGAUCCGUCGUCCAACCCAGCCUCGCAGCAACAACUACCGCACCAGCAGCAGUAGCACCAGUCUGUCGGCCAUGAUGAGCAUCAACGACGACAACAACAACAACAACACCAUCGCCAGCGCCAGCGCCAGCACCAUCGGCGGCCUGCCCUCCCUCGUCAACACGCCAGCCACGUCGACCUCCGCUUCGUCCGUGACGAGCAGCAGCAGCAGUCCUCCGACUUACUCCUUUUCCUCGGACUACAUCGGUGCGUACGUGUAUGACACGGCUACUGCAACUCGCCCCUUGCCACCGCGCCACAACCCGUCGUUCUCGGCUGCACCCAAGGGCGUGGAAUUGGUUGUGCCGCAUAUCAUUGCGCCAGGUAGCGGUAAGGUGGCUUCCGCUGCCGUCGCCGGUGCGGCUGCGGAUCGUGUCGAUGUUGAUGUCGUCGAUGAUGAUGAUGAUGAUGUUGACGUUGUGGCUGCCCAUGAUGGUGGGAUUUGGUUGGGAGCUUAA